AUGAGUUUAAUGCCUUGUUUCAUAUCUUUAAUAGAUGCAUCCGAUAAACCUAUAUUGGUCUAUGUCCCUAAUGAGAAUGAAAAUGAGAUGAAUAAUGUGCUUAAAUAUAACGUACUAUCUAAUAUAUCCCUGGAUUAUUUUGAAAGUGCUUUAGUUGAAUGGACUUCUUCAGAUUCUAAACCUUUAUUGAAAUCGAUUUUUCAAUUAGAAGGGGUCUCUGUAUUUGCUAUGUUGAUUAAACAGACGGGGCUGAAGAUGGUUAUCGGAUUCGAACAAAAAAGCAUGAAUGGAGGUGAUGAUGAAACAGAGGCUAUUUAUAAAAUAUUCGAAACAGUAAGAAGAAUCUUUAUACGGGUCAAGUGUAAUCCUUUACUAGUCAAAGGUGACGAUAUUUCCACUGUAAAAAGUUUGGAAAGAAAAUUUGAUGAGCUAUUUGCUUCCACUGAGGUUGAGUUGUGA